AUGACAUCAAUGGGCAAAGUUUUCACAGGCUAUGCUACCCGAACAGCCCUCCUCAAAAGAAGCAGCAAUCCUUUCUCCAAGGGAAUCGCCUGGGUCGAAGGACAACUCAUCCCUCUAUCCCAGGCUCGAAUCCCCUUGAUAGAUCAGGGCUUUUUACAUAGCGACCUCACCUACGACGUGCCCGCUAUCUGGGACGGCCGAUUCUUCCGUCUUGACGAUCAUCUCUCACGACUUGAAGCGAGUUGUCAUAAACUCCGCAUGCGACUUCCUCUACCGAAAGAUCAAAUCAACCGUAUCCUCGACGAGAUGGCUGCGAAAAGCGGUAUUAAAGACGGCUUCGUCUCAUUGAUCGUUACACGGGGCCUUACCGGUGUGCGUGGUGCUACGCCCGAACAACUUCUCAAAAAUAACUUGUACAUGUUUAUCCAACCGUAUAUCUGGGUUAUGCAGCCUGAUGUCCAGCGUACCGGGGGCUCCGCUAUCGUCGCUCGGACAGUUCGAAGAACACCCGUGGGAUCCAUGGAUCCGACCGUCAAGAAUCUACAAUGGGGUGAUCUAACCCGUGGUUUACUAGAAGCCUCCGAUCGCGGCGCUAUGUACCCAUUCCUGACCGACGGAGACGGGAAUCUCACAGAGGGAUCUGGGUUCAAUAUCGUGCUUGUCAAAGACGGGGUUCUGUUUACUCCCCAACGCGGGGUCCUUGAGGGCGUGACCCGUAAAAGUGUUCUUGAAAUCGCCCGAGCCAAUGGAAUUGAUGCCCGGGUGGAGUUUGUGCCUGUGGAGAUGGUGUAUCACUGUGAUGAGAUCCUCAUGUGCACUACUGCGGGUGGGAUUAUGCCUGUUACCUCGUUGGAUGGGAAGCCGGUUAAGGAUGGUCGGAUAGGGCCGAUCACUAAGAGGAUUUGGGAUGAGUAUUGGGCGAUGCAUUAUGAUUCGAGGUAUAGCUAUGCUCUCAACUACGGGGAUUCUGAGGAGCAGAGUUCGGGGACUCCGCGGGCUCAGAAGCUUUAG